UCGUCUCCAUGGAAGAACCAAGAUUAGGGUUCUUCGUCCUCCAUGCGCUUUGGCCUUGUCGAGCUCCGCUUGGCAAGAUUUCACAGAUCUUACAGCACUCUCCAGGAGCAGCGCUCCGCGAAUCCGCAAGAGCUCCGGCGAGAUCUCGACAGAUUAUGCGAGGUUCUUGAUCCCGCGGCGGUAGAUCGUGCUCACCUCACACGCCUGCUCAAGCAGUGCGGGAUUCUCCAGUCCACCUCCGAGGCACGGCGACUCCAUUCUUGGAUCGCGAAGACCGGGCUCGAUCGGGAUCCAUUCUUCGCCAACAAUGUCGUCCAGAUGUACAGCCGCUGCGGCAGCAUCGACGAGGCCGCCAGGGUUUUCCAUGCCACGCCGCGCAAGAACGCCCGAUCGUGCGAGAUCAUGCUCGCGGCAUUCGCGAGGAGCGGGGAUCUCGAUUCGGCAAAGCAGAUGUUCGAUGCGAUGCCGGAGCCUGGAGUUCCGGCCUGGAAUUCCAUGAUCGCGGCGCACUUCCACAGCGGGGAUUCCAUCGCGGCGCUGAGGUUCUUCCAGCGGAUGAUGGCCGAAGGGAUUCGUCCCAAUCCACGGAGCUUCGUCGCCGCGCUGGAUGCCUGCUCGCGGCUGGAAGAGGGGGAUUUCAUCCACGAGCUCGCGAUCGCGGUAGGCCUGGCAUCCGACGCCAUUGUUGGAUUCUCACUGGUGGGCUUCUACAGGCGAUGCCACAGGCUAGAUCUCGCUCGCAAAGUCUUCGACAAGGUGGAAGAGAUCACCGCGCCGCUGUGGACGCAGAUGAUCGCAGCGUAUGCCAAGGCAGGGCAUUUGCUCGAGGCGAGAGCUUUGUUCGAUGAUCUUCCCGAGAAGGACUCCGUGUCGUGGACGUGCAUCGUCGCAGCUUACGCACACCGAGGCCGAUGGAUCGAAGCGAAGCAGCUGUUCGACGAGAUGCCCGGCCGCGAUGUCAUCGCCUGGAACGCGAUGAUCUCCGCGAAUGCCCAGAGCGGGCGCUCGGAUCAAGCUCUCGAGCUGCUACUCCUGAUGGAUCUCGACGGCGUCCAUCCAAACAGCGUCACCUUCUUGAGCGCUCUCGAGGCUUGCACGAACUUGAGUGAUGCUUCCCGAGGAUCAAAGCUCCACACGGAAGGUAUGCUCGGCUCUGGCAUUGAAAACUCUCGCAAGGUGUCUAACGCGCUCAUCAACAUGUACGGCAAAUGCAGGGAGCUGGGCCGGGCCAAGGCGGUGUUUGACGGCAUGAGCGAUCGAGACACGGUUUCCUGGACGACCAUGCUCGCAUCCUUUGCGGAGAACGGUGACUUGGAGCAAGCAAGCCGAGCUUUCGACCGGAUCCCGGAGAGACAAUGCGUGGCUUUCAACUCGAUGCUGGCGGCGUAUGCCCAAAACGGGCAUAUCGAAGAGGCAAAGCAGCUCUACGACGACGCGAUCCACGAGCCGGACAUCGUUGCUUUCACGACGCUGCUCACGGCAUUUGCUCAGCACGGCCGAGGCGAGCAGGCGCUGUGCUUGCUCCGGGCCGGGGAUUUGGAAGGACUGGAGAUGGAUCUCGUCAGCUUCGUGGGGAUCCUCGACGCCUGUGCGUGCUGCGGAGCUCUCACCGAGGGAAGAUCAAUCCACCAGGAGGCUGUUCUUCGCGGUUUCCAGGACGACGUUACCAUCGGCUCGGCGCUCGUCAACAUGUAUGGGAAGUGUGGACAAGUCGGGCCGGGAAGAGAAGUUUUCGACGGGAUGCCGUGGAGGAACUCCAUCACCUGGAACGCGAUGCUCACGGCGUAUGCACAGAACGGGCAUAGCGCCGAGGCGCUGGAGCUGUUUCCAGUGAUGAUCCUCGACGGUGCCGAGCCAUCCGAGGUAACUUUCAUCACGCUUCUCUCGGCUUGCGCUCAAGCGGGACUUUUGCAGGAUGGCCUCCGCGUGUUUGCUCUCAUGGAGCGCGACUUUGGAGUGGCUCGCGGCGCCGGGAACGCUGUGUGCCUGGUGGAUUUGCUGGGGAGAGCUGGGAGGCUGGAGGCUGCCGAGGAGAUGUUUGCGUGGGUGCCUGUGGAGGAGCGUGAUACUGCAUGGACGGCCUUGUGGGGGAGCUGUAAGAUCCAUGGCGAUGGUGGGAGAGGUGUGAGAGCCGCCGAGUCUGUGCUCGCGUUGGAUCCAGUGGCGUCUACGCCUUACUCGCUACUCACUGAGGCUCUGGUGAUGCCACACCUGGAAAUCUACUAAGAUUUGGAGCUUAACAUCAACUUUUUAUUGGACGAGAUUUACAGUCUAUAAGAGUUUGAUCGCGAGUUUUGGAGCUGGGUCUUUGCGAGAUCUGGCACCCCUUGUGAGAGAGAGGGAAAUAGUUGCGAAUAAGAAUGAUUCAAAGAUUCGUUUGGAA